UAUAGCCACAAUACAGUGACAUGCUACAGGCUCCUCUACUCUCACCUCCCUGUUACCUACUCCCCACUGGCUAACACAGGAAGCACAGAGGCCUGUCUACACCGGUUCUUCUGCGUGCAUACAUUUACACAUCUGUUCUUGUGGAGCGGAACUGAACUGAACUGUGGCUAGAUAGAGAAGAGGUUGGUCGGUUUAAAGGAGUGGUUGGUUCCUGCUCUUAAAGACAGUCUACUUGGCACUGGAGAUCGAGUAGCUCUCUUCACCCCCACAGUCAGAUAGUCAGUAAGCCUGAAGUUGGACCUCACAGCCUCACCAUGAGCGGAAAACGGAAACUGAGUUUAAAGUGGUUUGGAAUUCUCCCUAACUUCUCCUUCCGUCGCAGCUCAUUGUCUGACAAAUUCGACUCCAAGUCCUCCUCCGCCGAGCCUGAUGGGGCUGUGGAGACGUUUUUUAACGACAUGGAUAUGAUGCAUCCAUGCACAUCCAGCUCCAGCGACAACUACACCCACAUGGGCACCUUUCCCCGCUUCCUCCUCAGGAAGAGAGACAAGAGUGGGAAUUCUGGGAAGAGAGAGACCAAGAAGAUCAAGGAGAAGACCGGGGCAAGGCUGGGCAGGAGUCAGAGCCAGCGGCCGGCAGGGGACCAUGUGUGUAGCUCUCACCUGCUCAUGGCACAAUCCAGCCGGCCUGGCUCCAGAAAGGACCAGCCUCUCUCACCUUUAUCCACCCAGGCUGGUCCUGAUCCAAGGCCCCAACGGGACCAAGGGCUGCCUCCCAUCCCCAGAGGAGGAUCACUCGAUAGGAAUGAACACGGAGACCCACAGGCCCACUGUGAGGAAGAAGAACCACACCAAGGGCAGCUUAUGUCAGCUCAGGAUGUGGGGUCUAGUACCUCUAACGCCCCGCCGCUCACUUGUGAAGACGUCUCCAAAGAACGCGCAUUCACCACUGAUCAGGGUGCAUCUUCAGAUACAGCUUCAACUGGUGGGGCUAGAAGGAACCUUGCUACUGUUCCUGAGCCACCUCCAACCCCCAAGCUUCUAAAGAAAACCUUGCAGCAGCCUGGGACCCUUGUCACUCAUCAGAUCGAGGAGGGCCUCCCCAUGAAGAGAGCCGAUAACCUGGGUACAGACAGUAACUCUAGCCCCCUGCCUGAGAGGGCCUCCAGUGGUUCUACUGAUAGAGACCUGGGAGAGGGCCUUCAGAGGGAAAGCCAGGCUGUUAAACCUGUGGACAGUCACAUGGACCAUAUAGACAACAAGACUGAAUAUGUCAAGGUAAGACUUGUUUUUUUAUUUAUUUUUAUUCCUCCUACACUAUGUCUUUCUGCGGAAGAAGACUGCCAGGCCCGGCCUGAACUGGACUGGGCUGGCCUGGACUCGACUAGACUGGACUGGCCCGGCCUGGACUGUGCGGCCACAGUCAGCAGCAGUCCUGUGUCUACGAACCAGAGUUAUACUGUUUUCACCCAGACGGUGUGCCGUAGUAGAACGCCCACUGUGAGCGGUUAA